AUGACAACCGGAUUGGACACUACAAACCUGGAGAAAACAGAGAACAUCAGAAAGACAGCAAUCAUAGACAGGGAGCUCACACGACUCAAUGUAGACAUCACUGCCCUGCAAGAGACAAGACUUGCUAACUCUGGUACCAACAGGGAAAGAAACUACACAUUCUUCUGGAAGGGUCUAGGGGAAGAUGAGAGGAGAAUCCAUGGUGUGGGCUUUGCAGUACACAACAGAUUGCUGAACAGGAUCAGCACCCCCCAAGGUAUAUCCGAACGUAUCACUGUCAUGGAAAUGGAAAACAAAACUGGAAAGGCUCACUUCAUCAGCGCCUACGCCCCAACUCGAACAACAGAAAAUGAGAAAAAAGACCAGUUUUUCGAGGAACAUCAGGAUGCAAUCAACAAUGUCCCAAAAGCAGACCAAUUGUUUCUCACGGGCGACUUCAAUGCAAGAGUAGGUACUGAAAACAAAGUAUUGCCCACCAGCCUUGGACCUUUUGGGCUGGGAAAAAUCAACGAGAAUGGCCAGAGACUCUUAGAAUUCUGCACUAAUAACAACCUUUGCAUCUCUAACACCUUUUACAGUGGCAAUGACAGACACAAGGUUUCUUGGUGUCGUCCAAGAUUAGGCCAUUGGCAACAAAUCGACUUCAUCAUCGUCAGAAAGAAAGAUGCCAACAUGGUAAAGCAAACAAGAUCCUUCUACAGUGCAGACUGCAACACCCACCACCUUUUAUUAUAG